AUGUGGCUCAAAAUUUGUGGAAUUUUAGCUGUAAUUUUCUUCAAAUUCGACCGAAAUCAAGUAUCAGCUACACCAUGCCCCAAGGAUCUUUUCCAAUGUGGUUCAGGAGACAAUGUUACAUGCAUCACCGCCAGGUGGCAGUGCGAUGGUGACCUUGACUGCCCUGGGGGAGAGGAUGAACAUGAUUGUCCUCCAGCUACCUGCAAGCCCCACUGGCACCAGUGUGACGACAAAAAGCUCUGUAUUCCUUAUAACUGGAAGUGUGACGGAGACAAGGACUGCUCCGAUGGCUCAGAUGAGUUAGGAUGUAGGCCUAGCACGCCUAAAAAAGCUUCUUCUGGCUCAAAAGGUAAAGCCCCAGAGUUCAACUGCCUUCCCAACAACUUCAGGUGUCCUGGCACGGAGACUUGUAUUCUCAUAGAGAAAUUAUGUGAUGGUCAUAUUGACUGUAAGAUAGACCGUGCAGAUGAGGGCUCUCAGUGUGCUAAUAGAGACUGCUUGAGGAAGAACUGUAUUCAUGGGUGCAAGAGCAGCAUCAAUGGUCCACUGUGCUACUGCGAACAGGGGAAGUUCUACAAUGAUUCUGCUCAAACGUGUGAAGAUUUCGAUGAAUGUUCACUAGAUGGGUUCUGUGACCAGCAUUGUGUGAAUACAGUAGGGAGCUAUAAUUGUACCUGUGCAGAUGGCUAUAGACUUAUUAAAGACAAACUCACUAAUAAAACUUCUUGCAAAGUGACUGGCAAUGAAGAACCCAGACUUUUAUAUUCAACUACAAAAGAGGUGCUGCUCUACAAUACUACAGGGAAAACUAAAACUAAAUUAUAUACAAGUAACACUUCACGUCAUACAGCAAAUAUGCUCAUCUUCAACCAUAGAAAUGCCACAGCAUGCUGGGUUACAAAAGUAAUGAAGACCACCCUGGUCCAAUGCUCAACUAUACCUGAUAAAACAACUACAACAACAACUACAACAACAACAACAAAUACAACAUUAUCUACCUGGACACUUAACAUGUCUUAUGAUUUAUCAAGUACAACUGAUAUGGCCAUAGAUUGGUCGACUGGUAAUAUCUACUUCACGGAUGACACACGUCAAAUUAUCUUCCUGUGCAAUACCAAAUCUAUGUGUGUAACCUUGCUUUGGACUGAAUUAUCAAGGGUAAAAAGUAUUGAUGUGGACCCCUUAGCAAGACUUAUGUUUUUCACUGAUUGGGGUGAACAUGGAGAAUUCCCAAGACUUGAGCGAACAGAUUUAGAUGGAGGUCAUAGGCAAGCCAUUCUCUUCAAGAAGUCAGGCAGUAUUGCACUGGAUUAUGUCAACCGACAUAUCUACUUGGUGGAUACCACAUUUAAGAGACUAGAGAGGGUUGAUUAUGAUGGCCAGAACUCAAAGACCAUAUUACAGGGGAGACUGAUGGAACAUGUGUUUGGUAUCUCUGUGUUUGAGAAUUACAUCUACCUUGCCAGUCAGAGAGAUAAGUCUGUUACCAAAGUGCAUCGCUUCAACAGUUCAGAUGUCACAACUGGACUUUGUAAGAUGACAGAUAUGCCCUGGACGCUGCAUAUAUACCACAGGCAGAGGCAACCAGAGUCCGCUGACAAGCCAUGCAGUAAUCUGACAUGUGACCAUCUUUGUGUACCAUAUUUGGAUGACACAACGCAGACAACCAAAGCCAGAUGUCUCUGUCAGGCUGGAUAUAUACUACAACCAGAUGGCACCACAUGUCAAUCACCUUUGGGUGAGAGGAAUACUAGUUUCCUGAUUUAUUGUAACGGUCCCCAGGGUCGGGUAAUGGGCAUAAGCUCCAGUGUGCAGAACCAGGUCCAGGAGGUCAUGGUGCCCAUAGACAACCUUCAGCGCCCUCUGGCUUUAGAUUAUGACAUAAAUGAACAGUUUAUUUACUACUCUGAUGUGGAAAAGGGAAGAAUAGGAAGAGCCAGAGUGAAUGGAUCUGACAGAAAUGAUGGAUUUAUAUCUAAAGGUAUUAACAAUGUGGAGGGCAUAGCCAUUGAUUGGUUGGGUAAGAACAUAUAUUGGACAGAUGAUGGAUAUAAGAGUAUAAGUGUCGCACCCCUGUCUGAUCCCACCAAGAGGAAAACUCUUAUUAGUUUUAACCUAGAGCACCCAAGGGCCAUUGUCGUUGACCCGAAAGCAGGCCUUAUGUUUUGGAGUGAUUGGGUCCAGAGCCCAUCAACCAUAAAUCAGGCGAAAAUAGAGCGUGCUAAUAUGGAUGGCUCCGAUCGUCAAAUCAUAGUAAAUCACAGCAGUUCUGAGCCGCUGCAAUGGCCUAACAGUCUCUCAUUGGACACAGCACAGAAGACACUUUACUGGUGUGACGCACAUACUAAUAGAAUUGAGAUGAUUUACUACAAUGGAACUCACAGAAAUACAAUAUUAACAGCUGACAGCAAGUCCCUGAAGCAUCCUUACGGCCUUGCCCACGAAAGACAUGUGACACCUGAGCCCCAGGAGGAUGGGAUCUACUUCUAUUGGACCGAAUACACGGACGGCUUAGUGAAGAGAUUCGACACAGUCUCCAAUAAGACUAUAGAGCUGAGACACGAUAGCUCUCCUAUUUUCCAGAUAAAACUCUUUGAUAACAGCUCACAGCUUGCUGCCAGUAAAGUUCUCAGAAACCCAUGUGACCUCUCUCGCUGUGAGGAGUUAUGCCUGAUAGUGCCUGGUGGUUAUAAAUGUGCCUGUAAAGACAACCAUCAUGUCAUUAAUGGAACUGCCUGCUUGAGUACAGCAAUAAGUCCACCUGAUGGUCCCCAUGUAUGUAAUAAAGACAGUUUCCAAUGUGAUAACAAACUACAGUGCAUAAACAAAGAGUGGCUCUGUGACGGGGAUGACGACUGUUCUGAUAAGUCAGAUGAAAACGCAACACGCUGUUUCAACCAGACUUGUAAGGAUGAUAAUAUGUGGGCCUGCCCUCACCCAGAUAGUAAUCCUCAAUGUGUAUAUAUACGUUGGAUGUGUGAUGGAGAACCUGACUGUAAACACAAUGAGGACGAAGACCCCGCAAACUGUGCAAAUAUGACAUGUCCAGAAAACUACACGCGAUGUCCAGACACUAAUAGAUGUAUCUUAAAAAGCUGGUUCUGCGAUCAUGAGUCAGAUUGUGCAGAUGGAUUUGAUGAACUGAACUGCAACUACACAGAUUGCGAGCCACACCAGUUCAAGUGUGAUAACGGGAGAUGUAUUCUGAGGUCCUAUGUUUGUGAUAGAGAUAAUGACUGCAAAGAUGGAUCUGAUGAAAGGUUUUGUCAAUACAAGUGUGACAACCUCACAGAGUUCAGGUGUGACAAUGGGCGGUGUAUCUCUAAGAUGUUUAAGUGUGACGGAGAUGACAAUUGUGGCGAUCAUUCGGAUGAACAUGCUUGUGAUGAACGCCCCAAUGUUUGUGAGCCAAGUGAGAUCCAGUGUGAUAAUGGGGACUGUGUUCCAAGGAAGUGGUGUCAUGAUGGAGAUGACGAUUGCGGAGAUGGUACGGAUGAGAGAUCCGACACAAACUGUAGUGAUGCCACGUCUAAACAUGAUAAACUCGAGUGUCUCUCCACUGAGUUUCUCUGCGCUGGAGAACUUCCCAACAAGGGUCAACAUUGUAUACCUAAGGCCUGGAUAUGUGAUGGCCACAACGACUGCUCUGAUAACUCUGAUGAGGGAAACUGUACAGUCCCAUGCCCAGUGCCCAGUAGACCCUGUGAUAAAGACCCCAGUAUCUGCAUCAGUGCUGAAAAGCUUUGUGAUAACUUUGAAGACUGUGAGGAUGGCUCUGAUGAAGGCUUGUUAUGUGGGAUAGAGUCAUGUGCUACUGCAGGCCAUGUGUGUAGUCAUUAUUGUCAGAAUUCCCCUGAUGGUUUUGUAUGUACAUGCCCCAAAGGCCUUAAGAUUGACCCAUUGAACACUACGGAGUGUGUCCAUCAGAGUCCAGAUUGUGGAGAGUGGGGUGUCUGUAGCCAAAAGUGUCACCAAGGAAAACAUAGAGCUAUUUGCAAGUGUCUCCAUGGCUACGAACUAAUGCCAGAUCAGUUUACUUGUGUUCCUAUAGACAAUGAUGAUGUCCCAUUGUACGUCAUAUUCUCCAACCGACAUGAGAUUCGGAGAUUAGACAUCAAAGGGGAGACAUAUGUCCCUCUCGUGACUGGUUUAAGGAACACAAUCGCAGUUGACUUUCUAUAUAGCAACUCCAGCGUUUUCUGGACUGAUGUUGUUGAUGAUAAAAUAUACAGAGGAACAAUGAUGGCAAAUGUGGUCACCAAUAUUGAGGCAGUGGUGAAUGUAGGUCUAGCCACAGCUGAGGGUUUGGCCAUAGAUUGGAUUGGGCAUAACAUAUACUGGGUUGAGAGUAACCUUGAUCAGAUAGAGGUCGCUAGUAUAGAUGGAAAAAAUCGCACUACAUUGGUAGCUGGUGAUAUGCAUAGUCCAAGGGCAAUUGCACUGGAUCCAAGAUAUGGAAUGUUAUUCUGGAGUGACUGGGAUGCAAAUAACCCAAGAAUAGAGAUGUGUUCCAUGUCUGGGGAUGGCAGGAAGACCAUUAUGAAAGUCAGUACCUUAGAGGGAGCAGGGUGGCCUAAUGGUAUCACAGUGGACUAUGAGACAACACGAGUCUAUUGGAUUGAUGCAAGGUCUGAUUCCAUCCAUACCAUCAAUUACACUGGUGGUGACCAUCAUGAAGUGUUGAGGGGACAUGACUUCAUUUCACAUCCAUUCUCCGUGUCAGUGUUUGGUAACCAUGUAUAUUGGACAGACUGGAGAACCAAUGCUCUUGUUAGGGCCAACAAGUGGAAUGGAUCAGAUGUUGAAGUGAUACAAAGGACUACAACUCAACCAUUUGACCUACAGAUCUACCACCCGAAACGACAGCCAAACUUCAUAGAUGCAGAAAGUGUAAAAAACCCAUGCGCAGAAAACAAUGGGAAUUGUUCCCAUCUUUGUCUGAUUAGCUUCAACCAGCAGGCUGGCUGUAGAUGUCCACAUCUCAUGAAACUUGACAAAGACAGCAAAACUUGUAUUGUUGAGACAAAGUUCCUCGUUUAUGUGAAGGAUAACGAGAUAAGAGGGGUGGAUAUGGAGAAUAUGUACUUCAAUGUUAUUCCCUCCCUAACUGUACCUCAUGUUGAGAAACCUGCCACCAUAGACUUCCAUGCCAAGAAUAAAAGGUUAUAUUGGACAGAUAGUAGCUACAUGUUUAUAAAGAGUGCCUACCUAAAUGGAACAGAUAUAGAGACAGUCAUUGACUCAGGUAUUCCUAAUCCAUUGGGUCUGGCAAUUGACUGGAUUUCAGAGAACAUGUACUUCACGUCAUACAGGAAGACAGAUGGCUCUGCCAGUCUUUCCGUAGCCACGUUGAAUGGUGCAUUUAGGACAGUUCUAAUCUCAGAUAGCAGAGAAUUGUUAAAACGUCCCAGUUCACUGGCCGUUCACCCAAUGUCAGGGAAAAUCUUUUGGGCAAAUGAUGGUGACACAUUAUAUGGAGGAAGUAAGGGUGAUAUAAACUGUGCCAAAAUGGAUGGUACAAGUCGUCAGCUUCUAUUCCCUAAUGACCUGGUUCUGGCAGACGCAGUGAACAAACCAAGAAGUCUUACAAUUGACUAUGAGAAUGAGAAGCUCUAUUGGAUAAACAGUGGGGCGAAUCUUCAUAAAUAUAUCACUAGAUGCAACCUAGAUGGCACUGAUCCAGUAUUUAUACAUCUUGGCAUAGACAGCACAACUCAUCUCAACUCACUCACUAUAUUCAGUAACCGGAUUUAUUUUGGCACAAAUGCAUCAUUGAACUCCAUUCAUAUCAGCCAGAGAAAUGACACACUUAGGGUAGAACGAAGGAAUACAGUAGGCAUAAUGGCAAUGAAGGUGUACGACCAAACACUCAGGGAUGACUGGGGAACUAAUACUUGUGCAGUAAACAAUGGGGGGUGUAACCAGUUAUGUCUCCCAACAAGUGCCACAACGAGGGUUUGUAAAUGCACAGCAGGGUACAUAUUAGAUUCAAACAACAAAUGCGUUGGCAUAGAAACAUUCCUGAUCUACUCCAGGGAUACAGAGAUUAAUGGCGUCUCAUUGGUCGAUACUGGGAAAGAUGCACUGCCACCUAUAUCUAAGAUUCAUAUGGCAACUGCUAUUGAUUUUGAUGCAGAGUUGGACUAUAUAUACUGGGUAGAUACAACAUCACGCAAAAUCUCUCGCAUCAAACGUGAUCUUACAGAGAGACAAGUGAUCGUCAGUAGUGGAUUGAAAAUGCCUGAGGGUAUUGCGGUUGACUGGGUUGCAAAAAAUGUCUAUUGGACAGACUGGGGGCAUGAUGUCAUAGAGGUGUCACGACUGAAUGGUUCUUCUCGCUAUGUAGUCUUAGCUGACAACAUGGACAAACCUGGUGCAAUUGUAGUGCAUCCAAACAAAGGGUAUAUGUUCUGGGUUGAUUCAGGCAACCCAGGGAAGAUAGAAAGAGCAUUUCUAGAUGGUUCUAAUAGGACUGUUAUUAAACAAGACACUGAAUACAGAAAAAUCCAACCAAAAGCUCUCACUAUUGAUUAUGAGAGAGACUUAUUAUAUUGGUGUGAUGCCAAGGAAGACAAAAUAUAUGAGAUGGACCUAAAUGGUGAGAACGAAGAAGUUGUGGUAGCUAACAAUGGCCGUGGUCAAAAUGCUCUAAAUGACUGUUAUGGACUUGCUACAAAGGGGGACUAUUUAUAUUGGAUUGACCCGAGCUAUUUGGAUGGGAGUAUAUCCAGAGUUAACAAGUCCAGUAGUAGAAACAGUGGUGAUGUGGAUAUUAAGACCAUUAAGGAGCAUCUAUCCCCUAAAGUCAGAGAUAUCAAACUCUUUGAUAAGGAAAGACAGAAAGUUGUACCAGAUGGAAGUGCCUGUCAGAAAAACAAUGGUGGCUGCCAACAGCUGUGUUUACGAAAAGGUCUUAAUGAGUUCCCGUGUGCCUGUGCCCAUGGGAAGGUACAGCCUGAUGGCAAGUGUGGAAACUACGAGGCUUUCUUGCUUUACUCCCAAGUCACAAGCCUCAAUACUUUACACAUGUUCAAUGAGUUUGACAAAAAUGACCCUCGACGCCCAAUCCAAAAAGACACAAUGAAGAAUGUGAUAGGCAUGGCGUUCGAUUACAGCAAAGAGACCAUCUUUUACAGUGAUAUCCAGCAGGGAAAUAUACAGUCUGUCAAGUUUGAUGGGUCAGAUUGGAGGUCUAUUAAAACAGGUGUGGGAUCAGCAGAAGGUCUGGCAUAUGACCAGCGUUUCCAGGAGUUGUAUUGGACCAGUUAUACAGACUCCUCCAUCACUAGGAUCAACAUCAGUCCACUUAGAAGGGAUGCUGAAAGUGAGAAAGUUGUGAAACUUGGACCAGAGGACCACCCCAGAUCUAUUGUAAUUGACAGCUGCAAAUCGCAAAUGUUCUGGACAAACUGGAACGACCACGAGCCUAGUAUUCAGAGAUCAUACCUUGGUGGCUGGGGCAUCAGGUCAAUCAUCACAAGUGAAGUGAGAACCCCCAAUGGCCUCACCAUUGAUCACAGGGCACAGAAACUAUUCUGGUCUGAUGCCAGGUUGGAUAAAAUUGAAAGAUGUGAAUUUGAUGGUUCAAAUAGAGUGGUUAUUGUUGCCCAAUCACCAGAGCAUUCAUUUGGUCUUGCUGUUUACGGUGACUACCUCUAUUGGACAGAUUGGGUACUAAGAGCAGUGUUGCGUGCGGAUAAGUACACUGGGGGCGACAUCACAUGGCUUAAGAAAAACAUCCAUAAACAGCCAAUGGGAAUCAUCGCUGUAGCUAAUGAUACAGAAGAUUGUACGCUAAACCCAUGUGAGGUCCAGCAUGGAGGCUGUGAAUACAACUGCACCGUCAAUGAAUAUGGGGCAGUGAACUGUACGUGCCCAGCUAAUUUCAAACUCCAACCAGAUGGAAAACGCUGCUCCACAGAGAACAUCACAUGUUUGGAUAAAAAUGCGUUUAGGUGCAGCGUUUCUGGGCUGUGUAUAACAUAUGAGCUGACAUGUGACGGAGUGCCACAUUGUCCUGAUGGAGGUGACGAGGACCCUGAAUAUUGCUCGAUUCGUUCAUGCCCUGCGGAUAUGUUUCCCUGCUGGAAUAACCGCUGUAUCGAUAGCAAGUUGCAGUGUAACAAUGUAAAUGACUGCGGAGAUGGUAGCGAUGAGAGUCAUUGUCACUGUCAGGAUGGGGAAUACCAGUGUAACAGCACGCGGGCUUGUAUACAGGAGCAAUACAAAUGUGACUUUGACAAUGACUGCACAGAUGCAUCUGAUGAGAAAGAUUGUCCCACUGUUGGUAAAAGUUGUGCAGAUUUUGCCAGCCAUGUUUAUCAUGAUGCCUCUAGGUUCAACACAACGCGUCUGAUUCCAUGUAACUUCACAACAGCAUGUAUUCUACCAGAGUGGAGGUGUGACGGAAACAAUGACUGCUGGGACAAUUCUGACGAGGAAGGCUGCACGAAACAAUCAGGUGCAUGUGAAGAGAAAGAGUUUGCUUGUAGUGACAGCGGAGAUUGUAUCCCAGAAUUCUGGAGAUGCGAUUAUGAUCGAGACUGUCUUGACGGAAGAGACGAGGCCAAUUGCACCUAUAGCUGCCUUGAAAGCCAGUUCCAGUGUGAUGAUAAGAAACAAUGUAUUCCAAGACGGUUUGUAUGCAAUGGCGCAUAUGACUGUGAGGAUAAAUCUGAUGAACAGGGAAACGGCACUCUAGAUUGUGCUACUCGUGUGUGCAGAGACAGUGAGUUCCGUUGUGAGAAAAACAGAAUCUGCAUUCCACAGAGCUGGGUAUGUGACGGCACUCAUGACUGCGGAUUGGAUGAUAACUCAGAUGAAGUCCAGGAUGAACGAUGCUCGCCCCCUACCUGUGAAAAAGAUGAGUUCAGAUGUGACAAUUAUUUCUGUGUUCCGAGUGCAUUCAGGUGUGACCACAAUGAUGAUUGCAGUGAUGGCUCUGAUGAAAAAGGAUGUGUUGAUUUCCAAAUAUGUGAGGAGAGCCAGUACCAAUGUGCUAAUGGUCACUGCAUUGAGCAAGUACAAGUAUGUGACCAUUUUCCUCAUUGCACUGAUCACUCAGAUGAGAACCAAUGCGCUACACCAGUAUGCUCUAACCCAUCAGACUUUGAGUGUGACAAUGGUGCAUGUAUAAAUGAGACAUUUCUGUGUAAUGGUCAGGAUGACUGUGGCGACUUUUCAGAUGAACAGAAUUGUGGUAUUAAUAUGUGUGAGUGGAGCAACCCUUGUGACCAGAUCUGCAUUAACAAAACAGUUGGUUAUGAGUGUAGAUGUCACCCUGGAUUGUACUACAACAAGACACGGAGACAUUGUAGAGAUAUUGAUGAGUGUGAGAACAGGUCUUUGAACAACUGUUCCCAAUUCUGUCGUAACACGUAUGGUAACUUCACGUGUAGCUGUGCUGAUAAAUACAAGUUAGACAUGGACAAGAUGACUUGUAAAGCUAACUCAGAUGUGAUACCUUACUUAGUUGUUGCCAACAGAUACUACAUGCGAAAAGUCUCAUUUGAUGGCAGCAGUGUGUCCUUAAUAGCCUCAGAUCUGAUCAAUGCUGUGGCAGUGGAUUUUGAUUGGCAGUCGCAGAUGAUCUACUGGUCUGACGUCACGAGUACCAGUAGCACCAUCAAUAGAAUCAACAUUUCAAAAACAGGAGAUGACAGAGUAAAAGAGGAAAUCCAUAACACGACUCUGCGAAAUCCAGAUGGCAUUGCAGUUGACUGGGUAGGACGUAACCUCUACUGGUGCGACAAAACAACUGACACAAUUGAGGUCUCGAAACUUGAUGGCCGCUUUCGUAAAGUAAUUGUGUCCAGUGAACUUCGUGAACCUAGAGCGAUAUCUACGCAUCCUCUACGUGGGUUCUUGUUUUACUCUGAUUGGGGGGAGAAACCUCAUAUCGGAAGAGUAGGAAUGGAUGGCUCACAGCUAAAUAGCUCAUUUGUGACUAAGAACUUGGGCUGGCCUAAUGCGUUGACUAUUGACUAUGUAAUGGAUCUAGUCUACUGGGCUGAUGCAAGGUAUGACUAUAUAGCAUACGUUGAUAUAUAUGGAAACAAUCGCCAUACUGUCAUCACCCAAUCCCCAGAGCUGCCUCACAUCUUCGCGAUCACAUUGUUCGAGAGCUACAUCUUCUGGACUGAUUGGGAGCGGAAAAGUAUAGAACGAGCAAAUAAGAUCACAGGAAAAGACAAAUUAGAAGUCACCAAAUUCAUACACAGACCGAUGGAUGUACACGUUAUGCAUCCGUUUAGACAAAUGCCAAUGAAGGAGAACCCAUGUGGUGUUAACAAUGGCGGGUGUAGUAACCUAUGUCUCCUUAAGCCUGGUGGAUAUGACAGAGCUUGCGCUUGCCCUGAGUACCACUAUCUUGCAGCCGACAAGAGGACGUGUCUUUCCAACUGCUCAGCAUCUCAUUUCUCAUGCAAAAGUACAUCCAAGUGUAUUCCUUUCUGGUGGCAAUGUAACGGGCAGAAUGAUUGUGGCGAUAAUUCUGAUGAAGUGGAUUGUGGUGUCUUCCAUUGCAAACAACCUAUGCUAUUCCAAUGUGCCAAUGCCAACAACUCAGAUGAUUGUGUUCCUCCUACUGAGAUAUGUGAUGGAGUACAACAAUGCAGUGAUGGCUCAGAUGAAGCCAAGUGUGAGACGUAUAUGUGCAUGGAGAAUCAGUUUAAAUGCCACUACAAGUCUGAGAACUUCACUGAGAACAAGUGUAUUCCAAAGUCAAAACGCUGCGACAAUAAUCCAGAUUGUGCAUUUGGAGUUGACGAGCAGGGUUGCACCCAUGCCAAAUGUGCAAGUAACCAGUUUCAAUGCAAUAUUACUAAGCAAUGUAUCCCAUAUGUGUGGCGCUGUGAUAAAGACCACGACUGCGGGCCAAAUGACACGUCAGAUGAACCAGAAUCCUGCAUGGAGGAGAAGUGCCGACCUAACUUCUUCCAGUGCAAUUCAACAGGACGUUGUGUUCCGUUGUCAUGGAAAUGUGAUGGUGAUGAUGAUUGUUCAGAUGGUAGCGAUGAACCUGAAGAUGAAUGCAAAUCUAAUACAUGUGAGCCAACGUACUUCCCUUGCGACAAUGGCAAGUGUCUUCCUGGUAGAUGGCGCUGUGAUUAUGAUUUUGACUGCGAUGACCAUUCAGAUGAGAAAGAUUGUCAGCCACGUAAUUGCUCUGAGAGUGAAUGGCAAUGUGAGAGCAACAAUCGCUGUAUUCCUGGGCGCUGGAAGUGUAAUGGCCAAGCUGACUGUGACGAUGAAUCAGACGAGUCAGUUAAGAACUGUGGGGACGACAAAGGAAAUUGUCCCCUCACUGACAACUUUAAAUGUGAAAACAGUAGUUAUUGCAUUCCGCAACGUUGGAAGUGUGAUGGUACGUUAGAUUGUGUUGACGGAAGUGAUGAGAAAGCGUGUGACAGAAACUGUACUGGAGAGCAGAUGAUGUGUGACAAUUCUGUCUGUGUGCCUUUAAAAUGGAAGUGUGAUGGCUUCGAUGAUUGUGGCGAUAACAGCGAUGAAAAGCCGAGCAUGUGCCGUAACUACACAUGUUUGGCUGGCUAUUUCAAAUGUCGCCAUAGUCACACAUGUAUCCUCAAGUCAAAGGUUUGCGAUGGGACGUCAGAUUGUGGACAUAGCGACAACUCUGACGAGAGUAACUGUCGAGAGCUGAUCUGUAAUUCUUGGGAGCAGAAAUGUGAUACAAGCAACCAGUGUAUUGAUAUGAACAAAUGGUGUGACAAAUAUAACGACUGCGUGGACAACUCUGAUGAAAAUGCAGAACUUUGCAAGAUUAAAGAUACUACUUGUAGCCCAGGGCAUUGUGGUAAGGAUGCCACAUGCUGGCAGUCAAAUUUUGGUGCAAGGUGUAAGUGCUCUGAGGGCUUCCGAUUGAUCCGCGAUAACCAGUAUGAUGUUGAUCACUGCGUUGACAUUGAUGAGUGCCAGGAGUAUGGGAGAUGCAGUCAGCGCUGUCACAACAAGCAACCUGGCUACACAUGCCUAUGCGACAAAGGUUAUCUCAGUGUACAUAAUAUCAUGGGCUCGACUCAAAAAAGGAAACACUGUAAAGCAAGUGGUCCUCCCCCAUAUGUCCUUCUGGCUGUGGAGAAUGAACUGAGAAUGGUACAAGUCAGUCAGACACAGACCUACAGGGAUUACGCAACAGCUGAAGCCAAGAUCCAGUCUAUGGAUGUGGAUUACAAUGCGUCUAAAGCUUUCUUUAUCAGCAACAACACGAUUAAAACCAUGAACAUUCUGCAAGACUUGACACCACUGCUGGGAGGGGGUGGUUUGGUUGGCAGGAGAAAACGAAUGCUGGUUAUGCCACCCAAAAUCGAGACGUUAAAUAUCGCAGGUCUGCGGGAUCCAGUUGAUGUCGCUAUAGAUUGGAGCUCUAAGAGGCUAUACUGGACUGAUGCUGAAGCUCACGAAAUAAAGAUGGUGGACUACAACGACACCUCCAACCCAGUUACUGUCGUUGACCCUGACCACCCCCCAGGUGCCAUUGCAAUUGACCCAGAAGAACGAUUUCUUUUCUGGACUACACAUGGCAAAGCUCCUUCUAUAGUUAGAUCAGAUCUUGAUGGGAACAACAAGACCAUUCUAGUCAAUGAUCCAAUAUGGCCGACAAGCCUCGCUUUGGAUUAUGCCAACAAGAGGCUAUAUUGGGCUGAUGCAAAAGCAAUGAAAAUACUGACAAUAGACUAUUAUGGAAAACAGCAGGACGUAGUGAGAAACUUCAAUUCAAGAAAUGAUGAGAUUCCUUAUAAAAUAAGUGUAUUUGAGGACUCCAUAUAUGUUACAAGCUAUAGGAAACAUAAUGUUUUCAAAUUAAGCAAGUUCACCAACAAAACAUUGGAGCCGAAGUAUAUUCUGCGAAGUCUUGGAAAUGUUGGUGAUCUAACAAUUGUACAAAGGCAAAAACAGAAACAAGGUCUAAAUGCGCAUCCUUGUAAAGACAACCCAUGCCAUGCUACUGCUAAGUGUAUUAUGUCUAAAUGCUAUUGUCCCGACAACUACCAAAAGAAUAAUGCUACUGGUGCAGAAUGUGUGAAAAAACCUCCAGCGAAAUGUAAGGAAAAUCCGUGUGAGAAUAACGGAACUUGUUCAUUAACGGAACAUGGGAAAAUCAAGUGCACGUGUCUUGAUGGAUAUCACGGAGAUAGAUGUCAGAAAGAUUAUUGUAAGAAUCUCUGCUAUCCUGGUUUUGGAAGCUGCAAACGGAAUGGAAAGGACAAUGUGACAUGCAUCUGCAAAUACCAGUUUGAGGGGGAUAGGUGUCAGCACUACAAGUGUACGGGAUACCAGUGUAAUAAUGGCAAAUGUGUCGUUGACAGAAAGACGGGCAAACCAACUUGCAAAUGUGGUUUGAAGUACUUUGGGGAUCACUGUGAGAAGAAAAGAAAUAACUUAUGUGACAACUUUGAGUGCCAGAACCAUGGCCAGUGCUUCAUUAAUCCUAUGGAUAAACGUCCCUACUGCUCCUGUACCCCUGGUUUCAUAGGUCCCAAAUGUGACCAAUGUAACGAGCUCACUUGCUAUAAUGAGGGUAUAUGCAGGAGGGUCUUCUUCAGACCUAGAUGUGAAUGCAAAAAUGGAUAUUCACCAAUUACUCAAUGCCGUACCAAUAUCUGCGAGCACUACAAAUGCUUAAACGGUGGAACCUGUCAAUUAUCGGCAGAUCAGAACAAAGCGGAGUGUUUGUGUUUGCCCAAAUACUCUGGACCACACUGUGAGAACAUGAAAUGCGCAGAUUAUUGUCUGAAUGGAGGAGAAUGUAGGAUUGAUAAUAGAAACAGUCCUAGUUGCUAUUGCAAACCAGGGUUCAAUGGAGAUAAAUGUGAGAAGACAGACUGUGUCAGAAACUUCUGUUAUAAUGGUGGAACUUGUAAACCCGGUACAGGCAAGCAACCAGCCAACUGUAGCUGUCCUGAGAGAUACACCGGCCAGAGGUGUCGGCAAGUGAAGGGAUGUGAAAAUAUAAACUGUCAAAAUGGUGGCACAUGUGAUGUUGUUGAUGGGAAGCCACUCUGCAGAUGUCCUAAAUUUUAUGUUGGGGAAAAGUGUGAGCAUCCUGACCCAGAAUUCUGUAACCGCCACUGCUUCAAUGACGGCCAUUGUAUUGACUGUCGUAUAGAGCAUGGGAUGGCACAUUGUAGUGCCUGUGGGUGCCCUGGACACUGGGGUGGGGACCGUUGCCAAGAAAGGGUAGCAAUCCAACCCCUUGGUCACUCCCAGUCUCAAGUGGUGACCAUAUCAGCUUCAGUGAUAGCCUCACUUGUCAUUUUAGUACUUCUUAUAGUAGCUGUAGUCUGUAUAUAUAGAAAACGUGACAGUAUUAAUGCCAGAUUACAAAAUCAAUUCCGUCAUCGGAAGAUGAAGAAUGACCGUACAAAUGUUGAGAUAAAUAACCCACUAUACAUGAGGGAUUAUGAUGAUGAAGAUGACCCUGGCGAACCCAUGGAAACUUAUAGCUUUGGAGGCGAACAGCCCACCAACUUCUCCAAUCCAAUGUAUGACACUUUAUAUAAUGACAAUACUAAAGAACUGCUCAAUCCACAAGAAGAAAAUAGAAAACUUUUAAAAGAAGAUAAAAUGAAAAUACGUUUUAACGAUGAAGAUGACGAGGAAUCUCAUCCCAACCUCUCGUUUGCAUAGUAACAGCUUAGGACGUAAAUGCUCGCAAAAUGAUUCAUCUUGGUCUCGCAACUUUUUUUAAUGAAACGGUGCCAGUUUUCCUGUCUGUAUUGAGGGGUUGAGGUAACACUUGGUGUUUUGUCUAAUAUUUUCCCCUCUUUGUAUUGGUUUUGGAAUGAAAUCAUAAAAUGCGUGACCAUUUUGACAUUUUUGUCGAGGCUUAUUUAACACAAGGCAUUAAAUGUAUAUUUUUAAGCAGCUUGAUUUUUGUACAUUAUUUGUACAUAGACAUAUAGGUGGCGCAUCAAAGAUUUACCUUGUGUCACAAAUUAUCGUGAGAUUUGUGUCUGCAGGUCAAGCUUAGAUGGUUUACCUUAACUAUUUUAUAAAACUUAAUUCAAAGACUCAGGCAGCCAUUUUGUAAAAUAUGACAAGCAUUUGGAGUACAUGGCAGAUAUUGAAUUAGAAUAGACCCCUGAGUGUGACAUGAGUAAUAAGGCCCUUUCUUGCGCAAGAUGGUGGAUAAAUAUUUAUUUACAUCUUUAAGAAUCAAGAGGGAGUAUAAAUGAAGAGCCUUGCCCACCUGGAAAUUUUGCCACUAGAUGGCUCUGAGCAGACAGGUCGGGCUAAGAGGGCUUACCUGUGCAAUUCAUAUUUAGGAAUUUUACAAUUUUUGUAAUGUAUAUAAUGCCCAUAUGAGUCUAUGUAUGAUAGGAAAUCAUUGACUGAAAAUUGAAUAUUAUGAACUCCCACAACUUGUCCAUGAUCAAGUGAAAAAAAUUUAAAAAGUUUUUUCAAAAGGACGAAGAUUUGAAAUAUGAAUUGUAAACUCAAAUGACACUGAAUUUAGUUAAAGAAGUUCAAAAGUUGACUCUUGAUGUACAGUGUAUUGAAAACUUCUAAUACUAGAAAUGUUUUGUAAAAAAAUUCAAAGAUUGUGAUAUCCCAAAAAUUAUAUUUUUGUAUAAUAGUAAAAUACUAUAAUACUGAAUGUACUUGUAUAUUUAAACAAUCAACAAUGCAAUUGACAUUUAGAAUUAGAUAGAACUAAUUAAUAAGCUUAGUAUUAUGGAACUAUUUUCCCCACAUCUAGAGUUAUGUUCGCAUCUAUGUAACGUCUAUGUCAACAGUAAAAUAAUAGUUAGUUCUUAGAAUUCACCAUCAAAUGUUUAUAAUGUUUUAUACUGUUAAUACAUAAAUGUAAUUGUAUAAAAAUUUUACAUAUCUGAAUAAUUGAUUUACAUAUUUAGUGUAAGGAAAUUGAUGUAAAUAUGUUCAUUUAAACACAUGUAUAUCAUAAAGAUCUUAUAUUGAAUUCUCAUUUUCAUACAAUAUCAUAAUAAUAGAAUUGAUCGUGAAGUAUUGAGAAUGCUUGAAAGAAUGUAGAUGUUACAUAUUGAGGUAUCGUAAUAUGUUGUCUAUUGUUAUAUCAAGUUUGUUUUGACAUUCCAAAAUAAUUCUGGUUCUUGUCAAAGUGGUGUAAGUCAUGGUAACAUCAGUGAUAUCAAAUACAAGGUUGUAGUUUUUAGGUGCAUUGAAAGAUGGCAGCAGUGAUAGAAUAUGUAAAACAUUGAUUGCACUGCCAUAUUUAUUCGAAAAUUAUUGUUUACCACAUUCUCCAAGCAUUUUUGGUCCGGUGCAAUUUUGCAUUCUUCCUUCCCUUUAUGGAUCUAAAGGUGGUUCUUACACUAGAUGUUAUCAUAUCAAAAUUAGAAACAAAUAAUAAGCAAAUCACAUCACAUCGAUUGACUGCAGAGAGGGAGAAUAAUUUCACACUGAAGUGAAAAUGUUUGGAGAAUGGUUUUCCGAUUCACUAAUACACCUAGGUUAACCUGCUAGUGGCAGUCACUUUCAUACCUGAUCAGAGAGAUAUUAUUUAUUGGCAUAUUAAGUUAUUAACAUAUUUUGCUUCAAAUUAUUUGCAAAUGCUUAAUGCUCAUUGAGUCAUUAGCCACCCCUUGUUGUCACAUAUGAUGAAGUUGUCAUACAUAUUUGUCCUUAUAUUGCAAGACUUUUAAAGUUUCUGUAUGGUGACAUUAAAUUAUACAAUGUAUUCUCUAAAAUUGGGAGACUUUUUGAUCAAGUCGAAAUUUUGCCACUUUCUAAACUUGUAAAUAUAAUAUUCAGUAAAUAUUCAAUAUGGUUAGUUUCCCAUCCUCCGAUCACAGGGCUUCAAAAUCCAGAAUAUAUUCUAUAUUUUUACCCCCUGCGAUAAGCAGUUAGCAUUUCCCCGAUUAAGAAC